CUAAAAGUUUGCGAGGAAAGAAGCCUAAUUAACAAAGUGCUGCAGGUACACUGCUAACACUCAAUCAGCAAUCAUGGCCAACGUCGAAAGAACUCAAUCGCCCCAGGGAACUUUAGAUGCAACUGCAUUGGAGGAUCCUGACCAGGCAACCAGAUUAGGGCAGCAUGGAUGCGAAUUAUUUUCUAAAUUCCACGAGAAUCGAGACGUGAAAGACCUAGACAAUGCAAUUCGAGUUACUCGUGAAGCUAUUGACACGAAGUCACCUAGCCAGCAUAACCAGGCGAUGUUUCUAUACAACAUUUCUGUAUUCCUUCGAGAUCGAUAUGAGACAACCAAAGAAAUUGCAAAUAUCGAAGAGGCAAUUCAAUUUGGACGAGAGGCCGUCAAGUCAGUCCCACACGGCGAUCUCAAUCGACCUACUUUCUUAUUCAACCUUGGCUCUCAACUUCUCCUCAGGCACUCAGUGACAGAAGCACUUGGCGACCUGGAAGAGGGGAUCCAGUUUGGGAAAGAAGCGGUGUGUGCCACCGCAGUGGAUCACCCAGAUCGAGGAGCACAUUUGACUGGACUUUGGAAUCUUGUUCGGGCUAGAUACCUGACCACAAGAUCGAUGAGCGACCUCCAGGACACCAUCCGAAUAGGGAAGGAAGCCAUUGACGCAACUCCAAAAGAGCACGCCAACCGAGCCAUGCUGCUGAGAAGUUUUACACCGAUCGUCACUGAAAGGUACCACAAGACCAGAGACCUGAGCGACCUAGCGGAGCUCAUUUCGGUAAUGCAAGAGGGGGUGGAAGCAACUCCAGAUGGGGAACAGUACAAGGCAGGUCUCUUGACAAACCUCGGCCAUUAUCUUCGGCAUAGACAUUUGCAAACCAAAGCGCCAUGCGACCUUGAUCAAGCUAUUCUGGUUGCCCGACAGGCUAUCAACUCAACCCCCCCGGAUGAUGUAAAUCGAGCAAAUGUGUUUCAAAAUUUCUGUGAUGGACUCUGGACUCGAUACUCGAUCACGGGAAAUAUGAGAGAUCUCGACGAGACCAUCCAAGCUACACAGGAAGCUAUAGAUACUACCUCAAGCAAUCAACCGGGCCAUGCAAGAUUGCUCAGCAUGCUUCAUACCCAACUACACCAUAGGUUCGGCAGAACAGGAAGACUGGACGACAUUGACGAGAGCAUUCGAAUCGCGAGAAAAAAGAUCAACGCGACUGAACAAGACGACCCGGAAAGAUGCUUCCUGGUCACGGACCUCGGAAAUCAACUCGGCGAGAGGUUCCGUAGAACAGGAGCAAUUGCCGACCUUGAAGAAGCUGUUCAGUUUGGAAGGGAAGCAGUAGAUGCGACUCCGGAGAGCCACCCAAAGAGGUCGCGGGUCUUGAAUAAUCUCGCAGUUCAUCUCAGCGAGAGAUAUUCGAGAACAGAAUCAGUGGCUGACCUCGAAGAGGCCAUUCGAGUAGGGCGUGAGGCUAUUACGAAAGCUAUCAACGACUUCCCUGAACGAGCACAACUGCUGAGCAACCUUGGAUCUCGGCUUGUAAGUCGGUUUAAGAAGAACGGAGUGAUGGCAGACGUGGAUGAGGCUAUCGAAGUUACAAGAGAAGGUCUCAAUGUGAUUCCGCCAGGAGAUUCAGCUCAAUUUGAUUUCAUGAUCAAUCUCGGGGCCCGCCUAAGCAUGAGAUUCCAGAGACUAGGGAGUAUGAUUGACCUUGAGGAGGCCAUUCAUUUAACCCAGCAAGCUGUCGACAAGACUCCGCCAGCCCACCCAUACCGAGCACUACGACUACAAUCCAUGGGAGAUUUAUUCUGCUUAAGAUACCAGAGAUCCGUGAUGACGGCUGACUUGGACAAGGCUAUUGCAGCUUCGCAGCAAGCUAUCACCGGAACGCCAUCAGACCACCCCGAGCGGGCGAGGCGCCUGAAUAGUCUUGGAAAUACACUGAGAAUCAGAUAUUUGAGAACCGGAGCAUUGUCUGACCUCGAGGAAGCCAUUCGAGUCACAAGGGAGGCCGCAAACUCAGUUCCUAGUGAUCAUCCAGACCGACCUGGUUUAUAUAAUAACCUGGGCAAUUACCUUCGCGACAAGUUUGAAAGAACGGAUAAAAUAGGUGAUAUUGAAGAGGCCAUUGUGUUUGGAAGGAAAGCGGUUUCUACCAUCUCGCCUGGCCACGAAGAUCAGCGUAUCUUCUGGAGUAAUCUCGGGACUCUUCUUCGUACGAGAUACCAGAAGACCGGACACUUGGUUGAUCUUGACGAGAGUAUCGAGGUUGGGCGGGAAGCGGUUAAAGCUACCCCGAAAGACCAUUCAGAGAGGAUGCGACCAUUGGUCAACCUUUCGGCUCAUCUCCUGAACCGAUUCUCCAGAACAGGGACAAUGGGCGACUUGGAAGAGGCGAGCCAAGUUGCGAAGCAGGGCAUCGACGCAACUCCACAGGGCCAUUCAGAGAGAGCAGAGGUUUUGAUCAACCUUGGAGAUUGUCUUGCUGUGAAGUAUAGGACAACAAAGUCAAUUGAGGAUCUAGCUUGGACCGUUUCUCACUAUCAAGAAGCCAUGCAAAACGACUCAUCACCAACAACCUCGCGUAUUGGGGCAGGGAUCAAGGCCCUCGCAUACGUUGGGUCCAUAGCGAAUUGGCAGCGUGCCUACGAGAUAUCAGAGGUUGUUGUAGGACUGGUUCCUAAACUGACAAUACGAUCACUCAACAACAUGGAUAAGCAACACCUCCUUGGCCAGAUAGCCGGUCUUGCUUCCGACGCUGCGGCCACGGCUUUCCAUGCCGGGAAAGGCCCACUUUCUGCACUUGGCUUUCUUGAGCUGGGACGUGGUGUUAUUGCUACGUCCCUAGAGGAGAUUCGAACAGAUGACCGAGGUUUGCUGGAUCAACAUCCCAUACUCGCAGAGAAAUUUGCGCGUCUGCGAGAAGAGUUGGAAAUCACCGUCCAAGGCGCUACCGCCGGCAAUGACCGCGAGACGUUGUGGCAGACACAAUCACAGCGUCGCUACGAGAAAGGACAGGAGCUGGACCAGCUAAUUGCUGAUAUUCGCGAGAUGCCUGGAUUCGAAGACUUUUUGCGUCCGCCAAGCGAAGAUGCUAUGCGCGAUGCUGCAAGAUGUGGUCCUAUUGCCAUUAUCAACGUCAGCAGGUUCCGCUGCGAUGCGAUACUUGUCGACCAGGACCAAAUUCGGUCAGUCCAUUUGUCACAACUCACCAGUGAUGAGAUCGAGCAGAGGGCACUUGGGGGCAAUCUAGGGAGUCUAGAGAGUCUCGAAUGGCUCUGGGAUGUCAUUGCUAGGCCAAUUCUAGACACCCUGGGCUUCGCUGGCCCUCCCUCUUGCAACGAUUGGCCUCACAUAUGGUGGAUCCCGACGGGGCCUUUGAGUAGAUUCCCACUUCAUGCAGCUGGACAUCACCUGAACACUUCACACACGGUGCUUGACAGGGUUAUGUCGUCGUACAGUUCGUCUGUGAAGACUCUCAUCCAUGGGCGAAGGCGUCCUAUGACUCCUGUCAUUCCGGCAUAUUCACCAGGGUCACAACUCCCGGCCGAAGCGGUCCUUGUUGCUAUGGAGCAUACACCUCAAAGCUCGUGGCUACCAUUUGCGACAAAGGAGGUAGAGAUACUGCGGCAGAUGUGUCACUCAAUGAAGCUUAAUCCUGUUGAGCCGAGGCGACAAAAGCAAGACAUCCUAGCACAUUUGACAAAAUGCAAGAUCUUCCACUUCGCAGGCCACGGGCAUACAGACACCAAUGAUCCGUCGAAGAGCUACCUACUUUUAGAAGAUGGUCGCGAAAAUGCCCUAACCGUUGCCGAUCUGUUGGGGAUAAACCUGCGCAAGCAUUCUCCCUAUCUUGCCUACCUCUCAGCGUGCGGGACCGGGCGAAUCGACAAUACCAAGUUUGUCGAUGAGAGCAUUCACCUCAUUAGCGGGUGCCAACUAGCAGGGUUCCGGCACGUCGUUGGUACUUUGUGGGAGGUCAGUGAUGAACUUUGCGUAGAUAUGGCUAGGAUAACAUACGAGGGGUUGAGACACGGAGGCAUGACGGAUGAAUCGGUAUGUCUAGGGCUCCACAAAGCUUCUCGGCAACUCCGAGAUCAGUGGCUGGCCACUCGAGCAACAAUCAGGGAUGGAAAUCGACUGUUGGAAAGAAAGGUUGAACAGGACAUAGGUUCACAGAACGUAGCGGAGAGGGAUACGAGAGAUGUGAUUCUCGACGAUGACAAAGAAGAGGUGGGAUGGGCACAUUGGGUUCCAUAUGUUCAUUUUGGCGUUUGAACGGUAUUCUUGAAUCAAC